AUGAGCGAAUCACCUGCGCUACUUUCUAAUGCAGGUUCGGACCAGCGCAGCAAACGUCGCCGGAUCGACAAGCAUGGACGCUUUGCGGCCCUGGAACGGCUAAAGAAUUUGAAAGCAGCCGGUGUCAAGAACAAGUACGAGGUCGAUGAGGUGAAGAACGUCUACGACGAAGUGGACGAAAGUGAGUACGCACGGAUCGUGCACGAACGCGCCCGGGAAGAUUUUGUCGACGAUGAUGACGGAGCCGGCUACGGUUAUGUGGAGAAUGGGCGGGAAGUAUUCGACGAAGACGAAUUGGAAGAGGAGCCUUCUGUGCGGGGGAAAGAAAAAAGUAAAAAAGGCAAAAAACGAGGACGGGACGAGUCCGCCCCCGUGGCCGGUCGAAAGAGUCUGAAAAACUAUUUUAGUAAGGAACGAGAAUCAAAGGUAAAAAUUGCGGAUGAUGAUGUUUUGGCGGAUAUUCUCGGGGAAAUUAAGUCAGAUUCUGGAGGUGGCUCAAGUUCUAUUGAACAGGCGAAGGAAAUUCGGCCGAUGAAAAUGAUUCCAAAAUCGAAACCCAAACCGGUUGAUAAGGACGAAGAGAUGCGAAAGUAUAUGGAAAAUUUUAGUAAAAACAUUAAAGCAACAGAAAAGGUAGAAGAACACGACAGCGAUGAAGAGAUGCUGGAUCGAGUUUUGAAACAAAGCUCGUCGGACAAUCGAAAAACGCAAAGCGUUAAACCUAAAAUGGUUCCCGUCAAACAAGAGAUUCCUGCUGAAAAAAUCACACCCCCAGCAUCGGUGGAAGUCAAAACAGAACCUCCCCCUCCGUCAGAGGCGGAUUUAUCUCACAUUAACGACGAUUUUCUUCUGGAUGAUGAUUUUGAUUUGACUGAAGCGGAAACUCAACCGACUCAGAAACGCCCAGUAAGUCCCGCCAAGCAAAAGCCACCGGAUGUGGUAGUCAAGUCGGAUUCGGAAAAACUGCUCAGCGGAUGGGACAAUAUAUGCGCUGCUGAGUUGGACGACGAUAUGCUAACUGAAAUGGAUACAGAUUUUUCGGACGUGGCUACUGCCUCUGGCGAGGAUAGUGAACAAACGAUGAGGUUUUGGUUUUGGGACGCCUGGUCAGAUCCGGCCAAAUGCCAAGGGGAAAUUUAUAUUUUUGGUAAAAUGGCGACCGGUAAGAAACCGAACGAAUUUCAGUCGGUCUGCGUUCAUGUGCAGAAUGUGGACCGCUGUUUGUACAUGCUAGCUCGGGAGAAGGAAUUGGACGUACGUAGCGGAACCGAAACCGAAAAGGACGUCAGUAUGCUGGACGUUUACAACGAAUUUUGCAAUGACAUUAGCAGUCUACUCAAGGUAACAAAGUACAAAACGAAAGUGGUCACCAAGAACUUUGCUUAUACAAGCGGAAUGAGUGACCUGCAGAUUCCAACUCAGAGUGAGUACUUGGAAGUACGGUAUAGUGCGAAACUUCCGCCUCCACCGCUGGAUCGGAAAUACCGCACCGUCGCGCACAUCUUCGGAACCAAUACCAACAUCGUCGAACAGUUCCUGCUGGAGCGUAAAGUUCGAGGGCCCUGCUGGAUGGAGCUGAAGAACUUCAAAAAGACGCCCAGUCCUGCCAGCCACUGUAAGGCAGAAUUCACCGUUCCGGACAUCAACUGCAUCACCGUGAUGCAAAACUCUUCGGCUAGCGCCCCUCCUCCGUUGGUCAUCUGUUCCAUAAACGUGCGCAGCAUCCUUAACAAGGGCACCAACGAGAUAUCCAUGCUGUCCAUUCUGGUUCACGAUCGAUUUCCACUGAACAAACCACCGCCAAAUCCGCCUUUUGUUAGAUACUUUUGUGGAAUCGCUCGCCCCAGUGGAACUAGUUGGCCGUACGAUUUCAACCCGAACGAUCCGAAGCUGGGAACGAAAGCGACAAAGUGCGAAAAUGAGCGCACCCUUCUUAAUUGGUUCCUUGGAGUGUACGGAAACAUCGAUCCGGACCUGAUCGUCACGCACGAUGCGUACGACUUUCAGCUGGACCUCAUCUGCCAGCGACUGAUGGCGAUCAAGAUCCAAAACUGGGCUCGAAUCGGACGACUUAAGAUGAAGACGCCUUCCUCCAGGCGGGUGGACGAUUUCUUCGUUGGGCGCAUGAUUUGCGACGUAAAAACCUCGGCUGAAGAACUGAUCAAAUCACGCUCGUACGAUCUGAACACGCUUUGCGUGGAGGUGCUGAAGAUUCAGGACGGCGAGCGCAAGGACAUUCUGCUGGAUGAUAUUCCUGGAAUGUUCGAAAGCACCGCCGAUCUGAAGCAGCUAAUUGGGCUGACCAUGCAGGACAAUUUGUACACGAUGCGGUUGCUGUGCGAGUUAAACGUGCUGCCGCUGGCUCUGCAGAUAACGCAGAUCGCUGGCAAUCUGAUGAACCGCACGCUGCACGGUGGACGAGCCGAGCGGAAUGAAUUUCUGCUGCUGCAUGCUUUUAACGAAAAGGACUACAUUCUGCCGGAUAAGGCUGCCAAAGUGGGACCAGGUCCCACUCAGGAGGGAGGUGAGUCGGCAGCCGAACGCCGCAAACCGAAAAGCAAAGCCGCCUACUCCGGUGGGCUGGUGUUGGAUCCGAUCAAGGGUUUCUACGACAAAUUCAUCCUGCUGAUGGACUUCAACUCGCUAUACCCGAGCAUCAUUCAGGAGUACAAUAUCUGCUUCACAACGGUUCUCCCGCCGGCCGAUGGCGACGAAGAGGGCUCGGCCGUAAUAUUGCAAACCGACGAGAUGGGUAUUCUGCCGCGGCAGAUUCGCAAACUAGUCGAGAGCCGCAAGUCCGUGAAGCAACUGAUGAAAAAUCCCAGCCUGGAACCGGAACUGAAAAUGCAGUACAACAUCCGUCAAAUGGCACUCAAGCUGACGGCUAAUUCGUUGUACGGUUGCUUGGGAUACACGCGCUCCCGGUUCUAUGCGCAGCACAUGGCGGCCUUGAUCACACAGAAGGGUCGAGAGAUUCUGAUGUGUACCAAAGGUAUCGUGGAGAAAAUGAACUAUUCGGUUAUCUACGGGGACACGGACAGUAUCAUGAUCAAUACCAACAGCGUUGACUACGAGCAGGUGUUCAAGAUUGGUUCCAACAUCAAGCAGAUUGUUAACAAGACCUACAAGUGCCUGGAGCUGGAUGUCGAUGGCAUUUAUAAGUAUUUGCUACUGCUGAAAAAGAAGAAAUAUGCGGCUGUUUCGAUCGCAAAGGUUGGAGACGAAUUCAAAUGCACGCAGGAACUGAAGGGCUUGGAUAUCGUUCGACGUGAUUGGUCCAAACUAGCCGUUAUAGCCGGUAACUUUGUUCUAAACGAAAUCCUCUCCGAUAAACCGAUGGACGAGAGAAUCGAGAAUGUUCACAUAAAGUUGGAGAAAAUGAAGGAGGAUCUGCUCAGUGGAGCAACUUUUCUUUCGUUGUUGGAAAUAACCAAGCAGCUGACGAGACCGCUAAAUGAGUACGCAGAUGCUUCACAACUGCCACACGUGGCAGUUGCCAUGCGAAUGAACAAGCAGCGGAAUCGUAACUUUAAACGCGGGGACGUCGUCGGUUACAUCAUUUGUGAGGAUGGAACUUCGGCGGCGGCAAUGAAGCGAGCUUACCACAUCGACGAGCUAAAAGAUCCGGCCAAUAAAGACAAGUUGAAACCAGACGUCGAGUACUAUUUGUCGCAGCAAAUUUUCCCAGUAGUUUUCCGUAUCUGUGAACCGCUGGAAGGGACCGAUGCGUGUCGGUUGGCUCUUUGUCUAGGUCUGGAUCCGAAACGCUUCCAGAAUCUUGGUGCGGCAAAGGAUGGCGAACGGGAGCAUGCCGAUGGGGAAGCCAUGCAGAAGACUAUAACGCAAAAAUAUCGUAUGUGUCACCGGUUCGAGUUCACCUGUGUGACGUGUAGCACGAAAAAUCCCGUUGCCAGUGGAUUCCGUCGUGAGGGUGGCCGGUAUAAGUCGGUGUUUGAAAAGUGCUCCAACGAAAGCUGUACGGUCGUUCCCCAGCAAUACUUACCGGCAAUCGUGAACGAGCUGACGUUGGCCAUUCGGGGAGACAUAAAACGUUUCUACCAGCGCUGGAUGGUUUGCGAUAAUCCGAUUUGUAAUCGGAAUACGAGACUGUAUUCGCAGGUGGCCAGCAAAAACAAUCCCCACUGUUUGCACUGCCAGAAGGGCUUGUUAGUGCAACAGUACUCCGAAGCGGAUCUCUACCUUCAGCUGAACUACUACAAUUACAUGUUCGAUUUGAAUCAAUACAGCAAAGCUUCAAAAACCCUCCCGGUCGAGCUGCGCAAUAUGUACACUGCACUGAAGGCAACCGUUGACCGGUUCCUGGCACACUCGAAGUAUGCUCACAUUAAACUGUCCACACUAUAUCUGAACUAUGCCAUCAAACCGAACCCACACUUGCCGAAGAUGUACCCGGUUCGGGAGUUGGCCGAAAAGCUAGCCAUCCAGCAUCCAGGGUCGGAAAAGUCGGUUUCCGUCUCGGCAAGCGGAAAAAUUCAAUGGGAUCAGUAUCUGAACUGCGAGUGAAAGAGGACUCUUCAGUUGUAUACUUUCUUAUCAGCUACUGUUUUAUUGAUAGCAUAGAAUUCUGCAAGUAAGGUU